ACAUGUCAACCAUGAAAGUUCUCAUUAAAUUACAACAAUUAGUAUUUAAAAAACAAAAAGAUGUCACAUAAAUAUUGUACAAAACCAAAAUUAGAUUUGCAUAUAAAUUAAUUGAGUGGGAGAGAAAAGAGAGAACUGUUAAAUAACUAGGCGCAUUCCAUUUUUUUCUCUAUCUCGCUCUUUCUUUUCUUGUUCUCUCUCCAUCAAUUUUUUCUUUGCUCUUUCUCUAAAUUUUCACCUUUUCUCUCUCUCCUCUCCUUUGGUUUUUGCUUCCAUUUUCUCUUAGAUUUAUGUCACCCUCCUUUCAUCGUUCUUUAGGACGAUGAUGAGUGGGUUGACCUUUAUAACAACUUUUAUACACGACCAUCUUACAAAAUUGUUUUCCUUUGAACAUAAGCAUUUUUACAAAAAAGAAAAAAAAAACAAGCACAAAAUAAUAAAAUUUAUUGACUUCACACAUUAUAAGAAACAUACUUUUAGUAAUGGCAGGUUUAUCACCUUUCCAACUCUUAGAGAUAAAUCUAAUAUCAGCUCAAGAUAUAGCUAAGGUUGCGCGGUCCAUGCGAACGUAUGCUGUGGCAUGGGUUCACCCAGAUCGAAAGCUUACCACCCGUGUCGACACACAAGGUGUAACCAACCCAACAUGGAACGAUAAAUUUGUCUUUCGUGUCGACAACCAAUUUCUUCAGUCAGAUACAUCAGCCAUUAUGAUUGAAAUCUAUGCAUUACAUUGGUUCCGUGAUGUUCACGUGGGCACGGUACGAGUCCUUGUAGGCAAUCUCAUUCCCCCACAAACAAGGACCUUUAAUCACAACCAUCUUGGCAUGCGAUUUGUUGCUCUUCAAGUUCGUCGCCCAUCUGGUCGACCCCAAGGCAUUUUAAAUGUCGGUGUUACCGUCCUAGAUAGCACCAUGCGUAGCAUGCCAUUAUACACUCAACUUAGCACAUCAGCUGUUGGGUAUCAAAAGUUGAUGGGUCAAGAUGAGAAUCAUAAUAACCAUCCACAAGAUGGUGAGCUUAAUGUUCAAAAGGGUUUGAACCAACUUCGACGUGUGAAAAGCGAAAGAAGCUCUAUUCUUGAAAAUGAAUAUGAUCAAGGUUACAUAUUCCCCAAGCCUAAUAAUUCAAUAAUCAAUGGUUCAGAAAAUAUUAAUGAAGAAUAUAAUAAGAAGGGAAAGCACAUGUUUGAUAAGCCAUUAUCUAUAAUAAAUGGAGUUGAAGCUGGAUCAAAUCUAAGUUUAGCUGUUAAAUUAAAAGACCAAGAAGGUAAAAAGGUUGAAUCAGUUGUUAGUUAUGCAGCAACUUCAUCGAUUAAAGGGAUGUCAAACAACAACAAAAACACAAAAGAAACGCAAGAUAAUACAAUAAUAUCAACCAACAAAAAGCACAAUUGGUUGCCACAUUACUCAUCUAUCACAAAAGACUUUGCAGCAGGGUCGGUAUGGUAUGAAUCAGAAAUAGGGCCAUCGCCAUCGGAAGUGGCAGCAGCAAUUGCAGAGGAUAAUAAGUUCAAGAACUUUGAGGAAAGAGGGAGCUCAAUAAUAAUGGAUUAUGAAAGUGAAGGGGUAAGGACAAAGCUAGAAAGAUGGAGAUCGGAGAUGCCAAUGGCUUAUGGUUAUGGUGGUUCUUACAUUGAUGGUGGUAGUAGUAGUAGUAGUAGCACCAUCUUCCCUAGGACGAUACAUACUCGUCGAUACACCGCUGAUGGUGGAGCUGGUAAAUUUUCUUGUUUUGGAAAUAUUUGUGGGUACGAAUGUUCCAUAGUAUGUGGUAAAAACGAUGAAGAUGAUGAUAAUAACAAGAAUGGUGGUGGUAAAGCUAAGAAUAAGUAUGAUGCUCGAUCACCUUCUUUAGAUUCCGUGUCCACAUAUUUUUGAGUGAGUAGGAGAGUUUUGAAGAUAUUGGGUAGGGGAAGAAGACUACACAAUUUACUUUCUUUUAAUCAUAGUAAAUUGUGAAUGUUAAGCAAAAGAAGAUUGGAUAUUGUUGGUGGUGUCAUGCCCGAUUCUCCCCCCUUCGCUAAAAUGAAUUUAUUUGUGCAUUAAAUUUGGGAAAAUAAUUUGUAAUAUGAUCUUUAAUUUUUUUUCCACCUUAUAUUACAAUUGCUUUUACAUACAAGACAUACAUAGUGUUCUUUUAUAGUGGCCUGAUAUCCAAACCAAAGAAUCAAUCUAAUCUUCUAUCAUUAUUAUUCUUUUUAGCUGCCUUUACACAUGAAUGCUAGCUAAUUUUUCAUAUUUA